UUUCGCGCGAAAACCGUCCGGGUCUUGUUUAGCAGUGGAUCAGCUGGGACAACAACAACAGUAACGGCCGAUAACGAGCUCGGUGUAUGGCUUUUGUAAAUAGAUCUCGUCCGGGGUGAGCGAUCGAAGAGCGAGUGGCUUCUCUUUGAACGUAUGCGCGUGAAUUUGUCCGCUUUAUUUCCUUAUUAUUUUUCCAGUUUUGCUUUCCAGGACUGCUUCCUGCGUGCUCCCAACAAAACGAAGGGACAGGAGAACUGUAGCUAAUAACUUAGCUAGCAUGCUAAUGCCAUAUAUUUUCAUAUUCAGCUACAUCUGUGUUUUCACCGCUGGACUAACGGACGCUUUUGUGAAUAUACUCUUCAAAUAUAUCAUCGAGUCACACCGAUGCCUUCCAGGGUGUGGAUAUUUUUUGCUUUGAUAGCUUACUUCUGGAAGCUGCUGUAAAGUUUUGAUAGCCUCAUAACUAAUCCAAGUUUUCGGCAUGGGUAUAUAUGGUAUCAUCCUACAGUCUUGAAUUGUUAGUGUGACGGCUGUACGCGCUUGUUUGAUCACUUGUUGGCGUCUUUGUUGGUGGGUCCUCAGCUAGCUGGUUAGCAAUCGGUGGUAGGGAGCCGUGUGGACAGGCCUCAGCUGUACUGUACUGACAAGACAGAUGAAAACAAAAGAUUAGCUCGCUAGCUCGCUAACCUCCAGCGUUAAUUACAGUCGCGAUCGAUCUGCCACUCAUUCUUGGCAACGUAUCAGUGGCGUCAAAAGCCUCAAGGCCCCGUUUAAGUAUGCGUUUAGCAAUUUUAUUUCAUUUGCAAAAUUUCCUGUUUUGCAGAACAUCCUGUCUUGCUCGUUCAAUUUGAAUGUGCUUCAGCACGUCGUUUCCCAUUAUUUAGUAACAGUGAGGCUUUAAGAAAUGUCCCAGAGAUCUUCAGAUCUCAUUUUUGUUCUCAAAAUUAAUGCGAACAGCUGCUGAUCAUCUGUCAAACCCCAGCAUCUUAGUUUGUGGCCCUAUCAACAGCCCCAAAGUCCAGUGAAAGGGCAACUCAGACACACUGCAAUGUCAGAGACUCUGAUAACAGGGCAGACAUCUGAGGAUCUGUUGGCAGACUUUGAGACUUUGCUGAACUCUGGGAGUAUUGACUUGGGCCAGGACCACCAGAUAGUGAUCAUCACCAGCCCCAGCCAUGAGGGACUCCACCCAGCAGCCGCCCCGACCAGCACGGGGGAGAUCCUGCUGUUUGCCACGCCACAGGGCCCCGCUGAUGUGGUCAUCCAAGACAAGAGGCGGCCAGCUCUGGGAAGACCUCCGGUAAAGAGGAAGUUGGACUUGGAUAGCGACCAUCAGUACCUCAGCACCACUCGACCGUCCGCGGGACAAGCACCACCUUCCACACCUGCCCCUCCCAGAGUUCCCCGAACUGCAACAGAGAAGUCACGGUAUGACACUUCCUUGAACCUGACCACCAAGCGCUUUCUGGACCUGCUGUCCCAGUCUGCUGAUGGCGUGGUGGAUCUGAACUGGGCCUCACAGGUUCUGGAUGUCCAGAAGCGACGCAUAUACGACAUAACCAAUGUCCUGGAGGGAAUCCAGCUCAUUUCUAAGAAGUCCAAGAACAACAUCCAGUGGCUUGGUAAUCGAAUUGAUGCAGCGCAAGUUUCCCGCCAUAAAGAGUUGCAGAGGGAGCUGUGUGAUCUUACAGCAGCUGAGGAGCAGCUGGACGAGCUCAUUGCCAAAUGCAACCUACAGCUCCGACUGCUCACAGAGGAACCACAGAACAAGAAAAUGGGCUACGUGCGCUGCCAGGACUUAAGGCAGUCAUUUGAUUCGCCGGACCAGCUUGUCAUGGUGAUCAGAGCUCCACCAGAGACCCAGAUGCAAGUUUCAGAACCCAGUGAGGGUUACCAGGUGUCACUGAAGAGCACACAAGGUCCCAUUGAUGUCUUCCUUUGUCCUGAAGACAGCUCUGGCGUCUGCAGUCCAGUGACAGGAAGCAGUCCCUCAAAACCCAGCACUGACACUUCCCCGGUCCUGCCUCCCACACAACCCACGGACCAAUCACAACCCAGAACCUGCACAGCAGCCGGGGAAGUGGGUUUAUCGUCUCCAGUGUCCACGGCUUCGACAGCGUCAGCAGCUUCCCAGCAGGACCCCUCAUCACUGGCAUUAGGGGGUGACACAGAAUCGCUGCUGGGAGGCGACCCAUUCUCCAGCCUCGGUGAUCUACCCGACUUUGACCUCUCGCCCCUCUCCUCCUCGGACUUCCUGAACAUAGAGGGCCUCCCUCUCCCUUUGGAUGGUUUCAUCAACCUGUCCCCCCCUCACAGUCACGACUACCACUUUGGACUGGAGGAGCACGAAGGCAUCAGCGAACUGUUUGAUUGUGACUUUGGUGACCUAUCACAAGUGUUGGGGGAUGAUUAGAGGAGAGAGGAGGCAGAGGCAUGUGGGUACAUCAUUCUGGAUGUAGGAUUGACCUCUGUCCCAUGGUGUAUUUAAAGGAGAAACAAAACAUUUAAGGACAACUUCUAGCCAGAAAACAAGCUUCAUGUUUCGAUUGAGGGGUUUGGGAGAUGUUUUGCGUUGUGAUUGCCUGUGAUCCCCAAGAUGCCACCCCGACUACCAAAUCUCCAAAUUUCCCCAAAAUUGUACAGCACAUCAUUAGCACUUCUCUUUGGCCAUUUUAAAGGUUUAGACCAAGAAUUUAGCUUUAGUAAAGCUAUUUAAAUUAUUUAUGUGAAUGUUAUUUUGGUAUUUUCUACCAAGUGAGGUUGUUGUUAUUGAUAAUGUUUUCUCUAAGUGGCUUGUGUUUGUGUGUGUAUGUGUAUGUAUGUGGG